GCAGCUCCUUGUGUUGUGGAUGAACAUGGACACAUGUGCUCAGAACAUCUCAACAAUAGGUUGACUGAGCCGCACUCAUGAUGAACUUUGACGGCCUCGACCCCGGGAUGGGCGACUACCCCCCCAACCUUCACGGGACCCUGGAGCCGGGUAUGGAGCCCUCCAUGGAUCAGCACCUGAACCCGGGUCACCUCCAGGGCGUGGAGCUGGACCAGGAGGGGAUGUCCGGGCCGGGCCAGGAGACGGUGCACCUCAUGGAGGGGAUGUUCUCCGAGCUGCACAGCGUGGUGUCGGAGGUCGGCGUCCCGGUCACGGCAACGCACUUCGACCUGCAGGAGGAGAUGCUCUGGAUGGGAAACCACAGAGGCCAUGCCAGCUCGUUCUUUGGACCGACGAUGGGCCGGUACACUUCUUUUCAAGCGCACUUAUCAGAUGAGAUCCGACAAAUUCAGAGUUUGGAAACGGGCGUGCUGUUCCUCUCCAAGGGCAACCUGAAGUGCCACACUCGGGGGGGCCUUGUCAUGUUCGAUUACCAGAUGGAUGAAGGAGCUGAUAUGCACAGUCUCCUCAUGACUGACAACAACAUGAUGAUCAUGGGCGGAUUGCAAAACUAUGUGAUCGAAGUUGACUUGAAUACUGUUCAGGAAACUCAGAAGUUCACCAAUGAGGUUCCAGGACUUGCAAUAAUGCGUCAGACCAGUCGUUUCUUCUUCUGCGGACACACUUCUGGGAAGAUAACUCUUCGAGACCUGCGAUCUUUCAAGACGGAGCACGAGUUCGACGCCUUCUCGGGAAGCCUCUCGGACUUCGACGUUCACGGGAACCUUCUGGCUGCCUGUGGGUUCUCCAGCCGAGGAAUGAACGGUUUGGCAUGCGACCGGUUCCUCAUGGUGUACGACCUCCGCAUGAUGAGAGCCGUGACCCCCCUGCAGGUGCAUGUGGACCCCCUGUUCCUGCGCUUCAUUCCUACCUACACGUCGCGCCUGGCAAUCAUCUCACAGACCGGUCAGUGCCAGUUCUGUGAACCCACUGGUCUCGCCAACAUGGCUGACAUUUUCCACGUGAACACGGAGGGUCAGGUGCUCAUGAGCUUCGACGUCUCCGCCAGCAAACAGGCCUUGUCCUUCGGGGACUCCGGGGGGGUCGUGCACCUGUGGUCCGACGCUCCUGAAGUGUCUUUCAACGAUUACUCCCGGGAGACGGAGUUUGCUCAGCCGUGCCUGGUGGACUCGCUGGCUCAGCUGGACUGGAACCACGAGCUGCUGCCCAUCUCGCUCAUCCCCAUGCCGCUGACCAGCACCGAGGCGCUGCUGUCGGACUGGGCCGCCGCCCGGGCCGCACCGAGUCCCAGACGAGCUCCACCCGUGGACCCAGAGAUCCUGCGCACGAUGAAAACCGUCGGGUUCAUCGGUUAUGCAGCAAAUCCUCGCACUCGCCCUCGCAACCAGGUUCCGUACAAAAUCAAAGAUGUGGAGCUCGACUAUGAUAAUUACAAUCAGGUCCCUGAAUCCCCGAUUGGGCGCGAUGAGGAGCCUCAUCUCUACAUGGUGCCCAAAAAGUACAGAAAGGUCACAAUCAAAUACUCUAAACUCGGACUGGAGGACUUUGACUUCAAACAUUACAACAGAACCUUGUUCGCCGGCCUGGAGCCUCACAUCCCCAAUGCUUACUGCAACUGCAUGAUCCAGGUGUUAUACUUCCUGGAGCCAAUCCGGUAUCUGGUGCAGAAUCAUUUGUGCCAGAAGGAGUUUUGUUUGGCCUGCGAGCUCGGCUUCCUCUUCCACAUGUUGGAUCUGUCCCGAGGAGAUCCCUGUCAGGCCAGUAACUUCCUCCGAGCGUUCCGCACCAUCCCUGAAGCCUCGGCGCUGGGCCUCAUCCUCGCCGACUCGGACGAGCAAACGGGGAAAGCCCGACUCGGUCGCUUGAUCCAAAGCUGGAACCGCUUCAUCCUCACCCAGCUGCACCAGGAGACCCAGGAGCAGGAGGGUCCGCAGGCCUACAGGGGGGCCAGCAGCAGUUCUCUGGGCUCCUCUGGUGAGUCGGUCAUUGGAAAGCUGUUUGGAUGUGAAGUGGAGAACAGCAGCCUGUGUCGCUGCGGCAAGGAGACGGUCCGCGCCUCCCUCACGCUGCUCUUCACCAUGCACUACCCGGAGCACAACUCCCAGGAAAAGCCAAUAAAGGAGUACGAGUUCUCCGAGAUCCUGAAGAAGAGCAUCUGUCUGGAGCAGAGCACUCAGGCGUGGUGUGAAAACUGUGAGAAGUACCAGCCCACAGUGCAAACACGAAACAUUCGCUGUCUCCCGGACGUCCUGGUGAUAAACUGUGAGGUGAACAGCGCCAAAGAGGCUGAGUUCUGGAAGGCUCAGGCGGAGUUUGCCUUCAACAAGGUGAUGCAGAAAGAGGCGAUGGAACCUCCUAAACCCAAAGAGCCCCCCCCACCCAUGCCCACUGAGUGGUGCUUAGACGGGGAGGACAUGUGCAACAUGGAGGGCUUCCCCGUGGACACCCGGGCCGAGGAUCUGCGACAUGUCUGGAUCCCCCCCACUCUCAAAAUGUCCAUCAGCAAAAGUCAGGGGCUGGAGAUCAGCAGCUGGCCCGAGGCCGAGGAGUUAACCACCGAGGAAGAGGAGGAGGGCGCUUCUUUAUUCGACCUGGUGGUCACGGUGCCCCACGUCCUGGACGCUCGCACGGGUGGGAACUUGAUAGCACACAUCAAAGUGGGAGAGACGUACCAUCAGAGGAAAGAGGGAGUCACUCAUCAGCAGUGGUACCUGUUCAACGAUUUCCUGAUCGAGCCAAUUGAUAAGGCUGAAGCUGCACAGUUUGACUUGAGCUGGAAGGUGCCGGCCAUUCUCUACUACGCCAGGAGGAACUACCACACCAAAUACGACCUCCGCAUUAAAAAUCCCAUCGACGCGAGCGUGCUGCUGACCGAAGCUUCUCUGGCUCGGAAGCAGAGGAAGAGUCACGCCACCUUCAUCCCGCUCAUGGUCAGCGAGAUGCCACAGGCGGGAGACCUGGUCGGGCUGGACGCCGAGUUCGUCACUCUCAACCAGGAAGAGGCAGAGCUGCGCAGUGACGGCACCAAGUCGACCAUCAAGCCCAGUCAGAUGUCCGUGGCCAGGAUCACGUGUGUGAGGGGUCAGGGGGCCAACGAGGGCGUCCCCUUCAUCGACGACUACAUCUCCACCCAGGAGCAGGUGGUCGACUACCUGACUCAAUACUCCGGCAUAAAACCAGGAGACCUGGAUGCAAAGAUUUCCUCAAAGCACCUGACGACUCUGAAGUCCACGUACCUGAAGCUGCGUUUCCUCAUCGACACGGGAGUUCGCUUCGUGGGUCACGGCCUACAGAAGGACUUCAGGGUCAUUAACCUGCUGGUUCUCAAAGACCAAGUGGUCGACACCGUGCACCUGUUCCAUCUGCCACGCAAGAGGAUGAUUUCUCUGAGAUUCCUCGCCUGGUACUUUCUAGAGCUCAACAUCCAGGGUGAGACUCACGACAGCAUAGAAGACGCUCGCACGGCGCUGCAGCUCUACAGGAAGCACCUGGAGCUGAGCCGCGCCGGCGGGAACGACGAAGUGAGGAAGGUGCUGAAGGGACUCUACGAUAAAGGUCGCCAGCAGGACUGGAAAGUCCCGGACGCAGACACAGGAGAUGGUCAAGGUAGCUCCAAAAGUGCUGCUGUGUUUCCCUCUGUGAUGGGCCUGUGAGCUGCUCCGUUCCUCCUGCACACGCUUCAACCUCCACUCCAUCAGCUCGUGUUCAGUUUGUACUUGUUUGCAUUUUUUCUUGCAGAGUGUGUGUUUUGCUGCAAAGUUUCACCGCAGCUCGGCAGCCACGCAUUUUUUUUAUCAGUCGACAUUUGUACUUUCAUUUCCGGGUUUUCGGAAAACAGUAAAUGUGUAUUUUGACUUCGGAGCCUUUUAAAAAAAAAUGUUUUUCUGGUGAAUGUAAAUAAUUAAAAGCAUU